AUGUCCUCUGCCUCCUCUUCCUCCCCUUUUGAAAAUGGGGUCAUGCUGUACAUGGUCUAUUUAAGCAAGGAGGAGCUACAAAGGUUCAAGCAGCUUUUAGUGGAUGAGAACCUCAGACCUGGCUCUGUCCAGAUCACCUGGGACCAGGUGAAAACAGCCAGAUGGGGGGAGGUGGUUCAUCUCUUGAUGGAGUACUUCCCUGGACGACUGGCUUGGGAUGUGACUCAUGACAUCUUUGCCAAGAUGAACCUGACAGAACUGUGUCUUCGGGUACAGAUGGAGCUAAAUGAUAUCCUACCCAGCUUGGAGCCAGUGGAUUUAAAGCCAAAAGAAAUGCCAGUGAAUUUGGAGGAAGGAGAAUCUGAUAAAAUACAUGAGUACAAACUGCACGUGAUGGAUGAGUACUCCGUGACAUGGAGCAAGACCACUUGGCCUGGGAACCACGUAGACUUCUUCUACCAAGAAAUAGAGAGACACGAGAGGUUCUUACCAUGUCUGUUUCUUCCCAGAAGACCUCAAGGAAGACAGCCUAAGACUGUGGUCCUACAGGGAGUUGCUGGGGUUGGAAAAACAACCCUAGCCAAAAAGCUGAUGUUGGAUUGGGCACAAAACAAGUUCUAUCCCCACAAGUUUUGGUGUGCUUUUUACUUCCAUUGCCGGGAAGUGGCCCAGGUGGACAAGCAGAGCUUCUCGGAGCUGAUUGCCCAUAAAUGGCCUGGGUCACAGGCUCUCAUGUCCAAGAUUAUGUCCAAACCAGAACAACUUCUGCUCCUCUUUGAUGGCUUUGAAGAGGUAACAUUGACCCUUACAGAUAUACCAACCAACCUGAGUGAGGACUGGAGCCAGAAAUUGCCCGGGUCUGUCCUCCUGACCAGUUUGCUAAGCAAAAGAAUGCUUCCUGAAGCCACCAUACUGAUCACCCUGAGGUUCACAUCUCGGAGGAGACUUAAGCCCUUCCUAAAACAUCCCUCCUUUAUAACCCUUACAGGGUUUGGUAUGGCAGAAAGAGCCAAGUAUUUCAGGACCUAUUUCAGAAACAAGAGGGAGGCUGAUGAAGCCUUGAGUUUUGUCAUGGGAAACUCGAUUCUCUUCUCCAUGUGCCAGGUCCCUGUGGUUUGCUGGAUCGUGUGUUCUUGUCUGAGACAGCAGAUGGAUAGAGGAGCAGAUCUCACGCAGGUGUAUCCAAACGCCACGGCCCUAUUUGUCCAGUAUCUGUCUAGCUUAUAUCCCACCGAGACUGGAGGAGCUCCCAGUAACACUCACCAAGAACAACUGAGAGGUCUGUGUUACUUGGCUGCAGAGGGUAUGUGGAACAUGAAAUGGGUGUUUGACAUGAAAGACUUGGAGCACGCCAAGCUGGAUGGGACCGCCGUUGCUACUUUUCUCCAUGUGAAUAUUUUUCAAAGGGUUGCAGGUGACAAGGACCAUUAUGCUUUUGCUUUCAUGAGCUUCCAGGAAUUUUUUGCUGCCUUGUUGUAUGUCCUCUGCUCCCCACAAAGUCUAAAAAAUUUCCAGGUGUUGGACCGUGUGCAUGUCACACGCCUGAUAGCAUACCCAGGAAGAAAGAAAAAUUAUCUCACUCAGAUGGGGCUUUUCUUAUUUGGCCUCUUAAAUGAAGCGUGUGCUUUAGCUGCGGAGAACUCAUUCCGAUGCAAGCUGACCUUAGGUAAUAGAAAGAAGUUGCUGAAAGUCGCAACCCUGUCACAUGAAUGUGGCCCCCCAACCCCGCACCAUGGGGUCCCACAACUAUUGUACUGUCUGCAUGAAAUCCAGGAGGAGGCAUUUGUGAGUCAGAUCCUAAAUGAUUGUCAGAAAGCUGCUUUGAUAAUCAGCAAGAACAAAGACAUGCAAGUGUCUGCUUUUUGUCUUAAGCACUGUAAACAUCUGCGGUGUCUAGAACUGACCUUCACACUGACCGUCACCCAAGUUUGGACGCUUAACCGACUAAGCCACCCAGGCGCCCCGAGACCGGAGGGCAGUGAUCAGUGUUUUCUCUGGUGGCAAGACUUCUGCUCCGUGUUUAAGACACUCGAGAAUUUGGAAGUUCUGUCUGUGACAAACACUUUUAUGGAGACUAAUUCAGCGAAGGUUUUUUAUGCGGCUCUGAGACACCCUCGGUGUCAACUGAAAAAACUAAUCUUUAGACAUAUGAAUCCCUCCAUGUUGAAUGAAGACUUACUCCAAGUUUUGAUUGAAAAUCGGUAUCUGAGAUACGUGGAAAUACAAGGCAUGGAAGUGAGAUGUGAAACCAUGGAGUUUCUGUGCAGAGCCUUGAGAUAUCCACAGUGCUAUCUACAACGUCUCAGCCUGGAAGACUGCUCACUUACCUCUAAAAGUUGGAUUGAUCUUGCCAGGGAUCUCAGAAGUAACAUACACUUGAAGACACUAAUACUAGGAAAUAGCUUCCUGGAGACAUUUGGGGAAUAUUACCUGUCCAUGGCCUAACUGAAGAGGUUGUCAUAAAUCUUUUUGUUGGAGAACUGUGACCUCACACUGCUUUCUUGUAAAAGUCUUAUCUCUUCCCUCAAGAGAAAUGAGAUCCUGACCCAUCUGAGCUUGGCAGAAAAUGCCUUGAAGGACGAAGGGGCAAAACAGCUUUGCAGUGUCUUACAACACUCUUCAUGCCCACUACAGAGGCUGGUGCUGAGAAACUGUAGCCUGACCUCCGAGUGCUGUCAGGACAUAGCCUCUGCUCUGGAUAAAAAUAAAAAUUUGAGAAGCCUGGAUCUGGGUUUUAACAGCCUGAAGGAUGAUGGUGUUAUCCUGCUCUUUGAGGCCCUCAUGAACCCUGAGUCUGUCCUCCAGAUUCUGGAGUUGGAAAGGUGCCUAUUCACCUCUGUCUGCUGCCAGGCUAUGGCCUCCAUGCUCCUCCACAACCAGAGCCUAAGGGAGAUGAAGCAGGAUUAUGCAGCAGAGAUGAUGACGAGGCUGGAGGGCCCAGCCGUGAAGAGCGAAGUCCUGAGGAUCAUACAGGACUGGAGCACUGAGUGCUGGGAGGAGACAAGAAGGAUGGAGUGA